AUGUUCAGUUGGAUGAAAAGUUCCUCCAACGUGAGGGUAAAUGUUCCGAAGACAUGUUCUUUAUCAAAACCUGAGACGAAAUCGAUUAUUUCGGAAUUUUCAUCUUUAAUGGAACUUAAUCAAACCAAUGUCACCAAUGAGGACCAGGCGAUUUCAGUUGAAUGUACAAAAAUCGUAUUACGUUCUGCUCUUAAAAAGCCGAAGAGUAACAACGAAAACAACUUUGAGAACAUUGAACGAAUCCCUAAGAAAGUUACCUUUCUGCUGGACGAAGAAUAUAAGAAAAAAGAUAAGGAUAAAGAUAAUAUAAGGAAGAAAUCUAAACUACAUAAAAAUUCCUCAACAAAACCAAUGAAUUUGGAUGAUGAAAGUGAUUAUUCGAAUGACACUAGUAUGGACGAAAUUGUCGGUGCUUGUAAACGAAAAAUUGAUUCCACAUGUUCUAAAACCAAGCUGUCAUCGCCACCUAUAAGUACCUGUUCGUCUCUAGAAUCUUUCGAAGAUGAUACGAAAAUUACAGGAUCGGAUUUAAGCAAUGAAUUGAAAGAAAACGGAAUAAUUGUAAAUAGUGUAUUAAAGAUCUCAUCAGCAAAUAAGAAAAUAAUUAAAUACAUUUAUACGAAGGUGAAGAAUUGGAGUAAGCCCUCUACAAGCAAAACAUCAGAUAACGAGAAAAGUGAACAAGCGAAGAAAAUCGAGAUGUCGAAAAUAACUGAUUCUGAUACUUUUCUUGACGAAGAAUUCAUCAAACAUAUUGAAUACGAUGAACUGGAGAAUCCAGCCAAUACAACUACAGCCAAUACAACUACAGCCAAUACAACUACAGCCAAUACAACUAUAGCCAAUACAACUAUAGCCAAUACAACUAUAGCCAAUACAACUAUAGCCAAUACAACUAUAGCCAAUACAACUAUAGCCAAUACAACUAUAGCCAAUACAACUAUAGCCAAUACAACUAUAGCCAAUACAACUAUAGCCAAUACAACUAUAGCCAAUACAACUACAGCCAAUACAACUACAGCCAAUACAACUACAGCCAAUGCAUCUGCGGUGGGAGAACUGCUCUUUGGUGUAAAUUUGACUCAUAAAAAGACAUUCGACGAUAUGUACGAAUUCUGCCAAAAGGACAAAUGUUCAUCCUCUCAAAACUAUUUGAUUUAA